CGCAGAACAUCCGGAUUAUAGGUUAUAUGAUAAAGUACUGAUAAAUAGUAGAAAAUAUUGUCAACAAUGUCAAUUUAAAGUGCCUUACAUAAUUACUGUUCCAUAUUGAGAUAUUUUUACACGCGUGGUCAUAUAUUGAUGAUAAAUCGCAGGUGCAUGCAUCUUUAAUUUUUUAAUAUUGGAAUUGAUUAUUAUAAUCAUGAUGGACAAACGACUGAAAGCCAUAGAGGAACAUUAUACUAAUUUGGAAUAUGAAAACAACACAGUAAAAGCGCUACCAAAAAUAUCCACUUUAACUAAGGAAUUGAAAUUUAUGGACAUCAACAACUUCUCAGAGAGAUUUCUCAAAACGGCAUCUGUAAUCGAAGAGAAUUUAUCUCUUUUUAAAGCUGCUUGUGAACAUACUGAUACAAUUACCACCAUUAUCAAAUACUUGAAUUAUUUCGGCAUGAAGUUUAAGCUUGGCAGUAUGUGCGAUGAAGAAUACAAGAAGGGUGAUGUAGUCUUGUUAGUAAUACUUACAGUCCUGAGAAUAUGUGGCGAAAUCGAGAUGCUUUCAUUUCUGGAACAUGCCAUCAUCAAAAAUUCAGCACUGGAAAAAUCGAUUCGAUAUGAACGUUUAAUACAUAAAAUUAGAAGUCAUACAAAUGAAAUAAUACUUCUGGGAGAUGCGGAUUUGUAUGCCGUCAUUGGAUAUUUGAGGAAUAGAAAAUCCAUUUUUGAUUUAAUCCCAUCUGUAAAUAAAGUUUGGGUUCAAGAGCCAAUAAAAGAGAAAUUUUUGUGGCUUGUCAAGGAAUAUGUCGAAUAUUCCUUUCCCAUUUAUACAUUUCGAACGAAGAACGAGUUAUUUACAGCCAGGACACCAAAUGAAAUUAACAUAGUAUCCAUAUGGACGGAAGAUAUUGUAUUUGCCAAAAACUUAGCGAUGUCUUUAAAUAGAGACGUUCUAUUUAUAAAUACUUACAUGGACUUUUACAAUGGUACCGUGCUCUUGCCAUAUAUAAAAAUGUUUGACGAAACGUUGUAUAAACGGUGCGAGCCGAAUUUCGACGAUUCUAUAAAACAGCUAAGUGUGCAAAGAGGUGUGCCAGUUUACAAUUUAUUUUAUGAUGGUAUAUGGCAACCGCCUGUAAAAGGCACAUAUUACACGGUAAAGAACAUACAUGGUGUGAGCCAGUGGGCAAAUGCAACAAGUGGCGAUGUUAACAAAUGCAUUAAUUCAGCCGAGAAAGGAUUCAAAAUAUGGAGCAGUAAAUCUGUUGCUUGUAGAAUGCAAAUAUUAUCCAAAUUUGCGUCUACGUUAAAGUGCAGUGAGAAAUUUGUAUUGGGAGAUAUAACAUCGCAAUGGAUAAAAUUCUCAUUUAUUUAUGAGAAUUCUUUAUCUUGGGUCUCACAAAGUGAAGGGUCAGAAGUAACAAAAAUUCGUAACCCAAGAGGUGUUAUUAUUUUAAAGGAGGACGAUGAAAUCUUUUUAUUUCAACGACUAAUGCAAAUUUUAACCGUUGGCAAUUCUGUUAUCGUUAUAUGCGACUCAAAUUUCUGCAGUCUGGUACCAUAUUGUAACAUGUUUUCAGUAUCUGAGAUACCGCCAGGUGUUAUAAAUUUGUUGUCAAGUGAAAAUGUAAAGGAUCUAGAAUUAUCUUUAUGCGGGAUGGACUACGAAAGCUAUGCAAAACAGUUCUUCUCAGAAGAUCCCGACGAUCUCGAAAAAACUUACAUAAACCUUACUACACCGAAACAAAUUAUAGUUCCUCUUAAAUAGUUUUUAAAUGUAACGUCUAAUGUUUGUGACAAAGGCAUGAUUAUACAUAUAAACAUUAUGAUAUGCAUGUGUUUAUUUCCAUUUAUUUUAUAAUUUUCAUCAUUUAUCUAUCAGUUCGUUAGAAUAAAGCUGAUAACUAAUUCAAGAUUAGAAGACAGAGAUUACCACAUCUUGUGAACGAACCUGUUGGAAGAAUUUUGCAAAGUGCUAUAAAUUUUAUCGGCAGAAUGCCAACAGAAAUGUAACAAUCGGUAACAGACUACGACAUAUAGUAGAUUGACGGUAAAAACCGAGAAAAAUCUCAUUUUGUAUUAACAUUUAUGUUUAAAUUAAAUAUAGAAUAGAAAUAAAUAGAAUUUAUCAACAUUCUAAAAGAUAA